GCGCUCUGCACCUUGCUGCACGGGCAGGUGGGGGCAGGUGGGGGCAGGGCAGAUGGUCCGUGUUUGCCAAUGCGCUCUAGCAGUCAGAUUACCCCCCCCACACUUCCAGGGCAAAUCCCGGGCCUUGCAGGACGGGGGCAUGACAGACGCGUAACGCUAAGCUCUUGUUUAGUGCAGGCAGACACACACCCCCACACACACACACACACAGGCCGCGUGUUGAGACCCCGGAUCGUGUCAGGUGGACAGGUCAUCACCAAUCACGUGGACUUUUUGGAGUCAACGUCUCAUGAAUCCUGAUACGACACAUUUUUGACACAAAUUGAGCCCCAUAUUGAUUUGUAUUAAAUUGUAAGACAGGGGAAACAUGGCAGUAUUAUUGCUUAAUUUAAUUGCCGUCUUUGUGGCCGUCCAUCUAAUCCACUGCCAAACAGUUUGCAGAAGACAAGCUUCAGUUGAUUGGCACCCCAAGCAACACGCCGUCCAAAUGAAUUGGACCCUCAUAGGAAACAUCUGCCGCAGCGUGUCUGAAUGUUGGGAUUCUAAAGGAGGAGAGGAGUCCGCUGGUCACCCAGUGAGCUUCCCACAGGUAUGCCCACUGCAGCUGCAACAGGGAGACAAGCUGUGGAUGUCUGCAGAUGAGACGCUGAAGUAUUACGGCAUCAGACUCCUCAACGUUUCAGAAGAAGCCUUCGAGAGCUGUGCAGCAACUGGACAGACGAAAGAUCAGCUUCUUUUCCCCCACCAUCUAAACGGAAGUGAGCAAGUUGAGGUUAAGUGGCUGGUGCCGGGUCGCCAUUACUUCAUCGCUCUGCAUGGGGGAGACGCGCAGCUGUGCAGGCUCGGCUUACGGCUCAAUGUGUCUGUUAAAGCGCAACUCUGUCAGGGUUCUCCGCUGCUGCGCCUUUGUUCAGGCAGCGGCGUUUGUCAAGCGGGCCUGCGGGAAGACUCGUACCGCUGUCUCUGCAACCACCACUACUCUGGGACGUUUUGUGAGAAGUCUGAUGGUUGUAUGGAUAACCCGUGUGAAAACCAAGGUGUCUGUUUGAGCAAUGGAUCCACCGAUCCUCAGUACAGAACAUAUAAAUGUCUUUGUCCUCCACAUUUUACAGGAAUGAACUGCUCUGAAGUCGUUGGAAGAGAGAACUGUGAAAGAAUAUGUGAAAAUGGGACAUGUGUUCAAGGGUCGGCUGCCUCCUUCAGAUGCAUCUGUGACACAGGAUUCUCUGGCCCACCUUGUGAGAAGAGGAAAGCCCCCUGUGAUCCAAAUCCAUGCAGAAAUGAUGGUGUCUGUGAAGAAAGCCCCCAAGGAUUUGUUUGUCGGUGUCCAGAAAGAUUUGGGGGCAUCUACUGCCACUACCCAGUUUUUUUUGAUUGCAUGUCACACGCAUGUCAGGAGAAACUUUGUACUGCAGGGGAGCAUGGCUCUAAAUGUGUCUGUGCAGAUGCUAAUGGGGUCCCAGAAUGCAGCAAGUUGCAGAACCCGUGCAGCCCAUCACCGUGUCUUAACAAUGCCACCUGUGUGUCCAGGGGAAAUGAUUACAUCUGCAGAUGUCUGCGUGGGUUAUCCGGGAAGAAUUGUGAAGAAAUAAUUGACUACUGCAGGCUACUCAAUAUCCACUGCCUGAAUGAGGGAUUGUGCUUGAGUGUCAUUGAUGGAUAUCAGUGUGUUUGUGCCCCAGGAUGGAUAGGAGAGUUUUGUCAAUACGUAGGUGAUGCCUGCCUGAUAACGCCAAACCGCUGUUUGAAUGGAGCCACAUGCAUAUCAACAAGUCCGCCGUCGUCUCCUCCAGAGUACACCUGCAAGUGUCCCCUCGGCUUCACCGGAAGAAACUGUGUGACUGACAUCAACGAGUGUAACUCCAGUCCCUGUCAGCACAAUGGCACAUGCCAUGACUUGCCAGGACAUUAUGAAUGCCAAUGUCUUGCAGGUUUUCUGGGAAAGAAUUGUGAAGUUGACAUCGAUGCUUGUGCUCUACCCGACAAUACAUGUCCAUCAAACACUCAGUGUUUGGAUCUGCCAGAUGGCCUUGAAUACACCUGCCGUGCACCCUGCCCGCAAGCACUUCAACAGCCGUGCGCCAACGGCGGACGCUGUUUGUUGAACAACGCCAGUAGCUAUACUUGCAUCUGCACACCUGGUUGGUCUGGUCAGAACUGCCGCACAAAUGUCAAUGAUUGUGUUCAACAUUGGUGUCGAAACGGAGCCACUUGUGUGGAUGAGAUUGAUGGUUACAGGUGCCUUUGUCCCAGAGGAUACACCGGCGUCUACUGCGAAGAGGACAUUGAUUACUGUGUUGGCCAUCGCUGCUCUGAACGUGGUGUUUGCCUGGACCAGCAGUAUAACUUCACCUGUCGCUGCUUCCCAGGGUUUGAAGGGUCGCUCUGUGAACUGGAAACAAAUGAGUGCAACAGCUUCCCCUGUGCAAGCGGCGCCACCUGUGUGGACCUAAUCAGUGAUUAUCGGUGCCGCUGUCCCACGGGGUUUGAGGGAAGGACCUGCUCGGAGAAUGUAAAUGAUUGCUGGUCGCAGCCAUGUCUAAAUAAAGGCCUGUGCAUGGAUCUGAUAAAUGACUACGUUUGUCACUGUCCUCUUGGGUUCAAGGGGAAAGAUUGCUCGGUGGAUAUUGACCUUUGCUCAUUUGGAUUGUGCAGUGAACAUACGUUAAUGUGCUCUGAGACCAAGGAUGGACAGAAUGUCCUUUGCACGUGUGAAAGAGGGUUUCAAGGGUCAUUCUGUGAAGUAAAUCUCAAUGAGUGUGAAUCAAAGCCCUGCCAGAACAGUGGUAUUUGUGUGGACGGUGAUGACCUGUAUCAGUGCUUCUGCUCAGAGGGGUUUUGGGGGCUGAACUGUGAAAUCAACUAUGAUGAAUGCGUCCAUGGAUACUGUGCCAAUAAUUCCACAUGUAUUGACCUGGUUGCAGACUAUCAGUGCAUCUGUCCUUCGGGCUUUGCUGGUAAGAAUUGCUCCAUAUCCGUCUCCAUGUGUGCACCAGAUGUGGAGUUCUGCAAAAAUGGAGGAACCUGCUCUUACAACUCAGCUGGGGGAAUACAAUGUGUUUGCCCUCCAGGAUACCAUGGCAAUGAAUGCCCCUCAUCUGUGAACCCAUGUGUGUCAGAUCCUUGUAACCCUGAGGGGACUCUCUUCUGUGAAGAGCUGGCAAAUGCUUAUAGAUGUGUGUGUCACCCUGGGUACUCUGGGCCGCACUGCAAAACACUUACAGAACACUGUGUUGACGGUCUGUGUCAACAUGGUUCGGCAUGCAUGGACCAAGCAGGAGGGUUCAAGUGUGAUUGUUCACCAGGCCUGACGGGCCGGUUUUGUGAGAUAAACAUUGAUGACUGUGAAGAAAAGCCGUGUGGAACUUUGAGUAUUUGUAACGACGCUCUCGGUGGCUACGUUUGCUUUUGUGCUCCCGGUUUUAUUGGAAAUAACUGCGAGAUUGAAGUGAACGAAUGUCUCAGCCGGCCCUGUCAAAAUGGAGGCUCCUGCAUUGAUGAGCUCAACUCUUUCAACUGCCACUGUCCUCCUGGAAUCACAGGAAAAUGCUGUGAGGUUGAUAUAGACGAGUGCAUAUCCUCACCCUGCAUGCACAACGCCACGUGUGUCGACCUUGUUCAUGGCUAUGGAUGUGCCUGUAUGCCUGGCUUCACGGGUACAGCGUGUGAACGUGACGUUGACGACUGUGCUUCAUCUCCCUGCAAGAAUGGAGCUGCUUGCAUUGACCUGCCUGGUAAUUACUUCUGCCAAUGUGUGGCUCCGUUUAAAGGUCCCGAUUGUGAGUUCUUGCCCUGCGAGGCCAGCAAUCCCUGCGAGAAUGACGCGGUGUGUGUUGAGGAGUCUGAUCGGGACCGUUUCCCUUUGGGUUUCCGCUGUCGCUGUGGCCGUGGCUUCACUGGCCCCCGCUGUGAAACCAACACAGACGAGUGCAGCUCCGACCCCUGUUUUCACGGCUUCUGCUACGACGUUGUAGAUGGCUUUUACUGCCUUUGCAACCCGGGUUACGCUGGACCAAAAUGUGAGCAAGACAUUGAUGACUGCUUGAACAGUUUGUGCAGCACCAACUCCAUGUGUAAGGACCUCCAUCUGAGUUAUGAGUGCGUGUGCCACUCCGGCUGGGAGGGGGAGUUCUGCCAACAAGAAAUUGAUGAAUGUUUAUCGCAGCCCUGCAAAAACAACGCCACCUGCACAGACCUUCUCAGCGGCUACAAGUGUUUGUGCUAUCCAGGCUGGACAGGUGUGGACUGUGCAGAGGAUGUGGACGAGUGUGAUUCUGGGCCCUGUCUAAAUGGAGCUCAGUGUCAGGAAUUAGACGUACCUGGGGAGUUUUCCUGCACCUGCCCCCAGUUCUUCAGUGGCCCCUUGUGCAACCAGCCUUAUGACCCCUGCGACCCUUUGCACAAUCCCUGCCUGCACGAUUCCACCUGCCUGACACGCUCCAAUGGAACGGCCUCCUGCAGAUGCCCAGCUGGAUUUGAAGGAAGUUGGUGUGAAAUUGACACCAACGAGUGUGGGUCAAAUCCAUGCCAAAAUCAAGGCGACUGCGUGGACCGGGUCAACGCCUACAGCUGUGAUUGUAAGGUGGGCUUUUCUGGCCUUCAUUGUGAGGAAGACAUCAAUGAGUGCAGCUCUGGCCCUUGCCUCAAUUCUGCCGUUUGCCAAGACCUUGUGAACAAGUUCCGCUGCGUUUGCCCUCCUGGUUAUUUCGGAACGCUGUGUGACCUGGAUGUGAACGAGUGUGAGGUUUCACCUUGCCUACACGAGGGCAUCUGUAUCAACACGCCCGGGGGCUUCAAAUGUGUCUGUCGCCCCGGAUACUCAGGCGCACGGUGUGGAGUUGACAUCGACGAGUGUGUUGCAAACCCAUGCCGAAAUCGUGGGAAAUGUAUUGAUGCGCCUAAUCAAUACCGCUGCCUGUGUGUUGAUGGCUUCACCGGGCUGCAAUGUGAAACCAACAUUGAGGAAUGCUCGUCCGCGCCUUGUCUUCACGGGAGGUGUGAAGACGGAGUAAAUUCCUUCUCCUGUCUUUGUGAAUCCGGCUGGAUUGGCAGCAGAUGUGAAACAAACGUUGAUGAAUGUGCUUCCAGCCCCUGUUUGAAUGGAGGCUCGUGUGUGGAUCUCAUUGAUAAAUAUGCUUGCUUCUGUCCGGAUGGCUACACAGGGAAAACCUGCAUGAAUGAUAUAGAUGUCUGUAAAGAAGCCGCUUUUAAUGUCUCACUCUGUUUUAAUGGAGCCUCCUGCAUCGACGGAGAAGGAUCAAACUUUACAUGCAGCUGUCCACCAGGUUUCAUGGGGGAUUUCUGUGAAGUGGAUGUUAACGAAUGUUGCUCAGCUCCCUGCCACAACGGGGCCGUUUGCCAAGAUCUUAUUAAUAGCUACGUCUGCCACUGCAGGUCAGGUUGGACAGGCCUUCACUGUGAGGAUGACAUUAAUGAGUGCCUUCCACAGCCCUGCAACCAGGGGAUAUGCAUUGAGAAUGAUCCGGGAUACGGCUACACCUGUUUCUGUCAUCCUGGAUUUGUGGGGAAGAACUGUGAGCACAACUAUGAUGACUGCCUGUUGAAUCCAUGUCCAGAAGCGUUUUCCUGUGUAGAUGGCAUCAACAAGGUCAGCUGCCUGCCUCCCACUACGGAUGCGGUUACCUUGGUGACUGUAGUCAAGGAUUCCACUCGCGGCGCCACACCGGGGGUGCCAACACUCGACGUGGCGAAAGCGGCGGAGAGGGCUGCAGAUUCCAGCUACAUUCAGUACUUUGGGAAUUCAUACAUGGAGUUUGACGGCAUUGACCUCGGCGAACUCAAUAACGUUACUUUGAGAUUUCAAGCUCAAGUAACCCACGGAACUAUACUUUAUGUGGACCAAGGACCCGCUAACCAGGAUUUCUUUUUCAUGAAACUAUUUAUCCUGGAUGGAAUCCUGCAGUACCAAUUCUGCUGCAGCUACAAGGAAGAGGUUGCUUGGAUUAAUACAUACAUUCACGUCAGUGAUGGCAAGGUUCACAUUGUUAAUAUCAGACAACACCUGACUCCUUGUGAGGCAGAGCUCACCCUUUCUGGUCAUGAGAAAAUCCGAAUUACGGCGAGUAAUUACUGGGUGGGAAACAUCAUGAUAAGAACAAACCACGUCUUCAUAGGUGGCCUGCCACAACAUCUACCCAAUCAGAGAGCGAAACCUUUCUUCAACUACACGGGCUGCAUUGAAGUAAUUGAAAUCAAUAAAAGGAGGAGCUUUUAUAUAGCUGAUGCCAUCGCCGGCAGCAACGUAGGCCGAUGCAGAGACACUCAUGUCAUCGAAGCCUCAACGAGAAGCUCUUCAAACUGGACAACUCGACCCACAAGCUUUGACACAGUGAACACAACAACAACAACAACAACAACAAUUGUGGCUCCCACACAAAGAGCGAAAUAUCCUCUGCAGGAAACUAAAGUUUGCCACAACAGUCUUUGCCGCAACGGAGGAACAUGUCAUGAGCUGCAGCUGCCUGGCGGAGCUCUGCCUUCCUGUCACUGCCUGCUUCAUUUCUCUGGCGCAUACUGUGAGAAAGAUACCACAGUAUAUAUACCCUCAUUUGAUGGAACAUCUUAUUUGGAGCUGCUGCCUGUUUCAUCCCUUCUGCAGCCUUUUGAUGCCAGUAAUAAUAUCUCUGCUACUGUCAAGGACACCAUUGUUAUUCUCAAUAUGACAGUGAAAACACGAUCUACGCAGGGCACCAUCCUCUACACUCAGCAGCAGAACUUUGGGGAUCGGUUCCUUCAUGUGUUCGUUCAAGAUGGAAGCCCUGUUGCUGAACUUGGAUGUGGUGGCAGUCAAAUUUUGAAUGUUGCUGCGGGGCAGAACAUCAAUAAUAACAGAUGGACACAAAUAACUAUCAGAUACAAUCUGUCUGAUGCCAAACAAGGAGGGUCAUGUAUGAUUGAGAUAGCGACAGAUAAUGGCCCAGCUCAGCGUCUUGAGGAGUACGUGUCACACCCCGUAUCAGAGGGAACCUUUGGACCCCUUUUUCUUGGGGAUGUUUCGUCCCAGUGGGAGGUGCGUGACGGGAGUGCAAAGGGAACGAGGAGAUUCAUUGGAUGUAUCAGGGAACUUCAGGUCAACUCAAAGGAGAUUUACCUGGUGGGUGAGGCAGUGAGAGGACGAAACAUCCAGGAUUGUGACCCGCCUGUGUGCCAACACCUUCCAUGUCGUAACGGAGGAACUUGUGUCAGCGAUGCCGAGGACUGGUUCUGUGAGUGCCCCCCUCUUUACACCGGCCGGCUGUGCCAGUUCAAUGCCUGUGAGCGGAACCCCUGCGGUCACGGAGCCACAUGCAUCCCGAAGUCUCCGCUGGAAGCCGUGUGUCUCUGCCCCUACGGAAGACAAGGUCUACUGUGUGGGGAACCCAUCAACAUAACUCAAGCCAGAUUCGGUGGAAGUGAUGAGUUUGGUUACACGUCCUUCCUGGCUUAUUCCUCCAUGCCGAGCCUCAGUCUCUUCUAUGAGUUCAAGCUGAAGUUCACGCUUGCCAAUUAUUCAUCUGCUGUGAAAGACAACCUGAUGCUGUUUGCUGGGCAUAAAGGACAAGGCAAUGCCGGUGACGACUUCCUCGUUUUGGGACUACGAAAUGGCAGAGUUCUGCACAGAUUCAACCUCGGAUCUGGUGUAGCAACCAUAGUCAGUGAUCGACUUAACGACCAGAUCAACGUUCACUCCGUUACAUUCGGACGGUCCAAGAGAACGGGAUGGCUGAAGGUUGACGGACAACGUAACAGAACAGGAUCCGCUCCGGGGCUGCUGUUGGGCCUCAAGGUUUUCAACCAGCUCUUUGUUGGUGGAUAUAAUGAGUACACUCCUGAACUGCUGCCCCUCGGAUCCAGGUUCCGUCACGGCUUUCUGGGGUGCAUUUUUGACAUGCAGUUUCGUACAAGAAGGGACGGAAAGUUCCAAGUGCUGGGGCGUCCUGCGUUUGGCCGCAGCGUGGGUCAGUGUGGCAUCGACCCCUGUGUCCACGUUCACUGCAGAAACGGAGGGACCUGUGUGAACUCCGGCUCGUCUGUGUAUUGCCAGUGCCCAUUUGGAUGGAAAGGAGCACUCUGCUCUGAGACCGUGUCUGUGUGUGAUGUGGAGCACAGCCCCCCUCCCCUCUGCGCCCACGGCUCCACCUGCAUCCCACUUCCAAGUGGAUACUCCUGCCAGUGCCCCCUGGGGGCUGCGGGGCUCUACUGCGGGAAAGCUAUUGCCAUCAGUGAUCCGUUCUUCAGCAGCAACCAGUCUUCAUGGAUGUCAUUCCCACCCACGAGGACUCGGCACAGGACUGUCGUGCAGCUGCAGUUCCAGCCUUUAUCGCCCGAUGGCAUCCUUGUCUACACUGCACAACAUCUCAGUGCCAGAGCUGGAGACUUCUUCUGUCUCUCCUUGACUUCCGGCUUUGUGCAGCUCCGCUACAAUCUCGGCGACGGCACCCACGUGUUGCGGUCCGCCCAGCGGGUGGAUCCGCACGGCGGCACCUGGCACACGGUGAAGGCCGGAAGAGUCGGUCCCCGAGGCUUCCUCAGCCUGGACGACAGGGAGGAGACCGGAGACAAUGCGACUGGGGGGAUGAGCACCCUGGACGUGGCCACCGACAUCUUCGUCGGGGGCGUGUCCGCCCUGAGCGCCGUCUCGCCGGAUGCGAUCUCCGGGGAGCCGCUGGGCUUCACCGGCGGGUUGAGAGAACUUCUGAUCAACGGCGAAGAGUUGGAGCUUACGGAGACCGGCGCGGCGAGCGGCGCGAACGUGGGCGACUGGGACGGCACCGCCUGCGGGUACAAGGUGUGCCGAAACGGAGGCCGCUGCGCGGCAACCGGCAGCGGCGCCUUCACGUGCCGGUGUCCGCCGCCGUGGACCGGCUCCGCGUGCGACCAGUCCGUGGGUUGCGCGAGCAACGCGUGCGCGCGGGGCUCCCUGUGCGCCGCGUCCGGCGCGCGCUCGUACCGCUGCAUAUGCCCCCUGGGGCGCGGGGGGAGGCGCUGCGACGCCGAGGUGCCCGCGGACACGCUCAGGUUCGUGGGGAGCUCGUACGUUAAACACAGCGACGCGCGGUACAGCGCGCGGAACGUCAAACACGCGCGGGUGUCCUUCAGCUUCGUGGCGCGCGCCGGCGACGGUGUGAUCGCGUGGAUGGGGAGGGCCGAGCGGGAGGACGACGAUUACCUCGCGGUCGGACUUGAGGACGGACGCCUGAAAAUCGCGGUGAACCUCGGGGAGGAGCUCGCCGCCCCGGUGGCUUUGAGGAAUCUCACGCUGUGCUGCGGCACGUGGCACAACGUGUCCGUGUGGUUAAACGGAACAAUCGUCCAGGUGUUCGUCGACUUGCGGAGGGUCCUUUCGGAAGACUUGGACCCGUUCGAGCGCUACGUGGCCUUAAACUACGGCGGGCGGCUUUAUUUCGGAGGGUUCGAGUUACACAGAAACGUGUCAAUUGUCACUUCUGGGUUGUUUUCAAAGGGCUUUGAAGGGAGUCUCAGAAAUGUGUAUUUGUUUAAAGAUACCAAGCCGCUACAGUUUCUCAACAAUAGUGAGGGUUUUAAUGUUUAUGACGAAGAAUUAGAAGUGAUAUAAAACUUAAUGCGUGUAGUCCAUCUUCUCACUGGUAUAUGGGUCCGAUUCAUUGUGAGACUAGAAUAACUAAUUUAAGUGU